CCCCCCAAAAAACUAGCCGUUACACAGAGAGCGUCGACAGCUCUAACGUUCCCUUUUUCUCUCCUCUCAUCUCUCUCUCUCUCUCAACCCUCAUUCAUUUGUUUAUUCGGUGCCAAAACACCAGACAUUCACUGACCUUUUUUCUUCCCUACGUCUCCGGCCAGUCUUUUCUCUUUUCUGGUCACAUUCUGAUGGACUUAGUCGGUAAGAAGGCUGGAGCGGUCACUCCUGUGAAAGAUCAACAUGGUUCUCGAUCCAAGAGGCAUGGAAACUCGAGAUAUGCCGAGAAUUUAAACCCCAAUGUUUCUCCUGGGCCAAAACCCACGGCUUCCCCUGCGACGAAAUCGACCAAGUCCCAGAAAUCGGCCUCCAAGAACCCGAACCCGGUUGUUCAUUCACCCCGGAACAAGAUCCGGGAGAGGAAGUUCAUCGUGGCAAAGAAGAAAUCGAAGAAAGAGAACCCGAAUGUUGCUUGUAAAUGCAAAGAGAAAGGUAAUUCCAAGAAGUGUCUCUGCGUGGCCUAUGAGAAUCUGAGGGCGUCGCAGGAAGAGUUUUUCAAGAACCGGAACGAUGAAUCGGAAAGUUUGAAGGAGUGUGAUAGAGCUGAGCGUGAACUCGAGGAAGAGAUUGAGAAGGGUUUGAGGAUUCACGAUGGGUUGGAGGGUUCUGCGAUGAACGGGUCGGGUGAUUUUGACCCGAGUGAGAUUGACCCGUCUGGUGAAAUGAGUUCUUCGACCUUCAAGAGAAGGAGGGACAAGUUGUUGGAGGAGGCAAGGAAGAGUGUGCCUGAGCGUGGGAAAGUGAUGCACUUGGUUCAGGCCUUUGAGAAACUCCUUUCGAUUCCCUCGAAGGACUUGGAUGAGCAGAAGGAUGGGGAGGAACCAGAAGAUAAUGGCAAGAAGGCAGAAAAGUGGGCCUUACCUGGAUUGCAACCUCCUAAGGUGCCUGAAGCUCAGGUUUCGUCUUCUUCGUUUUGUCCGUCCGAUUUGUUCUUGACAUCUGAGAAUCUUGGUUUGGACCGGCGGCCUUCAGUUUCGUCUUCUUGGGAUGGAAGUUUGGGAAGUGUUUCAAGCAGGGCUUCCAAUGGGGGGCGAAGGAGCCGAAGAAAUAGCUCUGAAUCAUCUAGCACAAUGGGAGGAAGGACAUGGAAGAAAAAGCAGCUCAGAGCCACUAGCCUUAAACCAUUCAAGCUAAGAACAGAGGAAAGGGGAAGACAAAAAGAGGAAGAGUUCAUGAAGAAGAUACAAGAGAUGAUGAUAGAGGAGGAGAGGCAGCGGAUACCAAUUGCUCAGGGCCUCCCAUGGACAACUGAUGAACCAGAGUGCUUAAUGAAACCUCCAGUAAAAGACAUCACAAUACCAACUGAUCUGAAGCUCUACAGUGACAUGCGGGCAGUAGAGCGAGCUGAGUUUGACCAUCAGGUGGCCGAGAAGAUGAACCUGUUUGAGCAAUACAAGAUGGAAAGAGAGAGACUGCAGAAGUUGGCAGAAGAGGAGGAAAUAAGAAGGUUGAGAAAGGAGCUUGUUCCAAAAGCACAGCCGAUGCCCUACUUUGACAGGCCUUUCAUUCCCAGAAGAAAAAGAGAGUGCAGAUAAUUUUGGAAUUCCAUCCUUACAAAGUCAAUGAAGCAUCCCACUAUACCCAAAGAACCAAAGUUUCAUGUGCCUCAGCAAAAGAAAAUCAAGUCCUGCUUGUCAUGGAACGAUAUCGGCUCCUACACUUACCAAGAGUGAAGCUUGAAGAAGACAAGAAAGAACCUGAUUUUGUUUCUCCUUAGCCCCUGUCAUAUUAAUACCUAAUAAUCAUGCCCUUUCUAUUUCCAACUUGCUUCUGAUAUUCUU